AUGUCGGACUUCAAGGCCGUAUUCCAGACAGUGACGGUUUUCGUCGCAUUUAUACUCACCCUUCUGUGUCUCUUCGCAGGGACGCAGAGGAAUUUGCUUGAGGAUGUGGAUCUCUUGACGCUUUACACACCCGCAGUCAGCACCGAUAGUGGAGCCCACGAUUUCUAUUCCAUCCAUGUACUAUCCUACUGCCAGGGAACACUGAAGACAAUGGACCCCAGCGCGGAAGUCACGCAUAACGUGACCAAAUGCUCCAACCGCACGAUACUUUCCUCGUUUGACCCAACCCAAUCUUGGCCGAAAGAGAUCACGUCCAGCCAGCAGCUGGGGUGGCCGCGUGUAAUCGGCGAUGACUUCCACGCCUUCAAAAUGACGAGUCAAGUCAUGGCCUUGAUGUACUGUAUCGGAGUUGGUGCGAUGGGGCUUGUUCUACUUGUACGAGUAUGGUCGACUCUUGCUCCGAAAGCGUGCCAGGGCCCAUGUGAAUUUUCGUUUUUCGUGCUUGGAUCUUUCAGCAUCAGCAUCGCAUCUAUCAUCGCAACCGCUCUCGCUUUUGAAUUCGUUGCUCUUAUUAAUGCUCACGGGAAGGGCUCGAGCGUGUCAGCCCGUUACGGUGAUAAAUUCCUCGGGAUGACUUGGGCCGCGGUGGGGCUCAUGCUCGCCGGUAGCGUUGCUAGCUUUGCGAAUGCCUUCGUUAACAAACAGGCUGCGCCUGCGUCAGUCUCAAAGGAUGUAGAGGGGUAA